AUGUGGAAAGCAGAAGAAGACUUCCCAAGAGGUGGAACAAAGGUUUACAGAGCAUUUAAUAAAGAUGAUAAUGAAAAUUCAUUUGAGAAUGGACAGAAAAUACAGGUAGUGUUAAAUUUAGUUUUGGAAAAGCCUCCAAAGCUGAUAUCUAGGAAAAGAAAACUUGCUGACUUUACCAGUCCUGAAAAACCAAAGCUUUCUAAACGACCAAAAAGAGACAUACAUCAGCUGGUGGACGUUCCACUACGUCAGGAUUUGGCUACUGACAUCUGUGUGCUAGCCUGUGUAAGGCAGACCCAUGACUACAGUGUCUCCAUGUCCUUGCCUGGCAAUGUUGUUGGCACACUUUCCAUCACUGAUAUUUCUGCCUCCUACUCACAGCUGCUGCAGUCUCUGGCACACAGUGAGGACCCAGACAAGAGUGAGGAAGUCAAGUCUACAGAUGAACUGUUCAAGAAAGGAAUGUUGCUUCCAGUUGUGAUCACAGAGAUUACAAAUGACAAACAAAGAAACAAAAAUUUCAUUAAGUUAUCUAUUGUUCCAUCAGUUAUCAAUGCUAACGUUCCCUUGAAGGCAAUUGAAAACGGCAUGCUUGUGUUUGGGAGUGUUUCAAGCAUUGAGGAUCAUGGGUAUAAAGUGGAUUUGGGAAUCAAAGGCCUGCAAGCUUUCCUUACAACAAAUGAUGCUAGCAGUUUUAUCCAGAAGCACAAUCAAGGAUCCCCUCUCUGUGUUGGUUAUCCUUUGUGGUGUGUCCUCAAGAUGAAGGACAGCUCUGCUUUUAAAGCAGGUGAAAGUCGAGCAGUCAACGUAACCAUUGAUCCUGACAUAGUUCAACAGGCCAAGGUGAAAGAGACAUCCAAUCUGUACUCUGUUGUUCCAGGAAUGAACGUGACUGGCCGAGUUCAGAGUAUAACAGACAGUGGCUUGCAUGUGACAGUGUUCAGCUUCAAGGGUAUGGUUCACAGUUCACAGCUGCCUAGAGCUGGCAGCCAGUAUCAAGUUGGAGAAGAGAUUCAGUUGAGAAUAUUGUACAUCCAUCCUGUAACCAAAAUGAUUCAUCUGUCAGCAUUGCCAGAGCUGAUUCAGUUUAACGGCAGCCCGUUGCAACUGUUUGGUGACUUGAACAUCGGCAGCAUUAUUGAAGGCACUGUCAUUUUUGUUGCCAAAAAGAAAGGUGUUUAUUUCAAACUGCCCGGGAAUGUGAAAGGAUUUGCAACAGUCAAACAACUAAGUGACCAGGAGAAUCCAGAUAUCAGUAAAUUUGAGAAGGGCAUGAUUUGUCAGUGUCGAGUAUUGAGCUUCAACUUUAUGGAAUGUGUGGCACUGGUGACUCUGAAACAGAGUAUUCUGCAGCAGAAGUUUCUCUCUAUCCAAGAAAUCUCACCAGGGGAUGUUAUUAGGGGAACUAUCAAGGAGGUGCUGCCAAAUGGAGUUGUGGUAAAACUGUCAAAGGGCAUUUAUUCCUUUAUUUCAUGCUUGCAUCUGGCUGAUGUACCGAUCAAACACCCAGAGAAAAAGUUUGAAGCUGGGAAGGAAAUUAAAUGUCGUGUUCUGAAAGUGGACCUCACACAUUCGAAAGUCAUGCUUACCCACAAGCAGUCCUUGCUGAAAUCAAAGUAUCCACUGGUGACUGACUACUCUCAACUACGGCCAAACAUGGAGCUGGAAGGGUACAUUGUGGCAGUGAAGGACACCGUUGUCAUUGUUUCUUUCUUCAAUGAUGUUAAGGGUGUGGUCAGGUUAAAGGACAUGGGCAUGGAGAAAGUAGACAGCCCCUCCACGAUGUUUUACAUUGGUCAGGUGGUUCGGUGCCGUGUUGUCAGCUACAAUGUUGAUGACAAGAAACUCCGGGUAUCAUUCAAUUUUGGUACAAAGAAACCCAAGGAUGUUGAAGAAGCAAGUGUGGAUGUUGUCUCAGACUUCAAACUUGGAAAGGAAGUGGAAGCAACAGUGUUAAAAGUGGAGAAGGAUUGCUUUAAAGUUUAUUUACAGCCCUCCAAAGCAGUUGCCAUCCUGCAGUUCUGUCAUCUUUCUGAUUUCCAUGAGAUUCAAGAGCUAAGAAAACUUGUUAUCAAACCAGGACAGAAACUUGAUAAAGUGAUUUACUUCAACCAGAAACAGAAAGCUAUUGUGACAAUGAAAGAAUCAUUCAUACAAGCUGCCAAAGACAAUUCUCUAGUUGAACAUUUUGAGGAUCUGAAGAUUGGUACACUGAUGCCUGCGGUUAUAAAGAAUCACCAAGAUUAUGGCAUGUUUUUGGAGCUGGCUGGUGGCCAUACUGGGCUGUGUCCUGCCAAGACUCUGACCUACCUGCAGCCCUCGAACCUGCAAGAGUUGUUUCGACCAGGGCAGACUGUCAUGACCCGGAUCACUAAAAUUGACUCUGAAAAGAAAAGAUUCCUGGGAAGUGCCCGCUUAGAUGACUGUCAUGUUGGGGGAAUUGAAACACCUCUGUCCUUAUUGACGACUUACCUGUCUGCUAGAGAACAAGUACACAAACAGCUGUUUGCAGAAAAAGAUGAGCUGGCCAUGUAUGAAGGGCUGCAUGUUGGCAGUAUUGUCGAGGUGACUGUAUCAUCUUCCCUGAAGAAAGGCAUAUUGGGAGACUUGCCUUCUGGAGCAAAAGCUUUGGCUACCAAAGUUAAUCUCGGAGGCAUGGAACCAGCAGUAGGCAGCAAGCACAAGGCAGCAGUUCUGUAUAUUGACCUCCUGACCCCCUGUGUGGAGCUGAGCUUAGAUCAGAAACUUGUCAAAGCUAUUGAUUCACGAAAGGAGAACAAGAAAACUCAGGUGAAAAGUGGACAGAUCCUGAAAGCGGACGUCUUACUGGUCAAACCAGAAUUUAUGCUUAUGUGCUUAAGAGGCCAUGGAACUGGAAAGUGUGUGUACGUUCCAGUCAGACAGCACAUUAAUGAUGUAGAGAUUGAUCGGCCAUAUGAACCUGGAACAUUCACCGAAGUUGUUGUGAAAGACUCAUUUGGUGACUACUCUCUGGCAGUCCUUAAGAGCCAGGAUCCUGAAGUUAUGGCAAAGGAGAAUGCAAAGAAAAUCAAUUUGAAGACAUUGCCUAAACACAACAUAAAACCUGGAAUGGUAAUAGAUGCCAAAAUCAGAAAUGUCCACCCACUGCAGCUGAAUAUCGUAGUCAAUGAUUUACAUGGUCGGGUGCAUAUAACAGAGGCUGCUGACAGCGUUGAAGAGGGAGAAAGCCCUCUACAAAAAUAUCGGCAGGAUAAGAUGGUGAAAGUAAAAGUCCUAGCACUAAGAGAUCUCAAGUCUCAGAGCUACCUACCCAUUACUCAUCCCAAGUCUAAUAGGGCUCUCCUGGAGUGUACUCUGAAAGAAAGCAAAAUCAGUAGUGAAACUGAUGCAGAUUUAUUCACCCCAAAACUGGCCCUACAGCCUGAUGACAAGGUUGUAGCAUAUGUUAUAAAGAUAUCCAGCAACAAGGUCUGGUUCCAGGUGAGCCUGAAACAGCAAGGAUACAUUGAUUUCUUCCACCUGUCCAUCAAUGCAGAUGUUUUAAACAACGUCAGCAGUCACUUCAAGACAGGUCAAGCCUACCAAGUGACCGUUCUGGAGAGUGACAAUGAUGAUAAGUUGGUCUUGUCAAGAAUUGAUGGCGGAAUAAAGGUCACAGUCGGAGAACCAGUGACGGCGCUGAUUACAAGUAUGAAGCCAGGGGUAGCCCUCUAUGUGAAGUUGCCUGGUGGACGGCUGGGUGUUGUAAACACACCACCGACUAUGCUUCACUAUGUGGGUCAGUACAUCAGAUGUCAAGUCCAAGAGAUAGAAAACCUAGACAGGUGCAUUCUGACACUCUUGGAUCAGAGCCAGGUACCCGUGGUAAAGGCAAGGAAGAGAAAGCAUGAGACCUCACUGGUGGAAACAGAAGCCAAAGCAGAAAAGAACAUUAUUAAGAUGAAGAAAGUCUUGAAGAUGGAAAGGAAGAAGAAGACUUUAGCAGAUGUUGAGGAACAAGGAGACAAUGGCGAUUUAUCAGACUCUGACAAGGAGGGUGGAAAAACGAUUGAGCUGGUAAGUGCUAUUUAUGGUUGUGGUGCAAAGAAAGGAACUCAAGUACCAAGGCUUUCUGUGCAAGGAUUUUCUUGGGAGGGAGACUUAACAGCUAAAAUAGAUGAUGACAAGGUUGAUUCAGAUAAUGAUAAUGAUGAUGGUGAUAAUAUU